AUGCCUCGAAGUGGCCGACUGCAAGAAGAACAACCACAAGUGAUCUUUCCCGAAGAAGUAUCGGACGAAGAAGAACCGCACGACGAACCACAUCAAGAACCACAGAAACGAGUUUCCAGUCUACGACAGUCGAACCAACCGACGGCGCACUCCGGUACCAAUCAGAGUCAAGAAUACUACGGCGACCAAGAAGACUUUGACGAGGAGGAUGGCAGUUACGAUGAAGAGUUUGGUGGACAACAACCAGAAGUCCGCAGCGAUCCAGAACUCGUGGGAGAGUAUUACGAUGAUGACGACGACGAUGAAUGUUGGGAACAAGAAGAAGGAUACGAAGACGAUGACGACGAAAUGCUCCUGAGUACCGACGGAGAUGGUCAAGCUACAAUGAGAAAGUCCACUCCUAAUGAUUCUACAAGAAGCAGCAACUACAAUGGGAGUAAUCGGGAGAGCACCAGAAGUUACCACCCCCAUGUCUUUGACCAAGACGACGAUGAGUUUUCCCCUAAAGGGUUCGACGACGAAGAUGAGGAAUGGGAAGAUGGACCCAGCGGCGAAUUCAGCGAACCUUCAGCAGAGCCUCUUCUCCACAACGAGCAACGACAGCAACAACAGCAGCCAACAAUGGAUGUGGAACAGGGCGAAACGUCCAGCGACAACAGUGCAUGGGAAGAGAGUUAUCAUAUGGAUGAAGCACAACAACAGCAACCAGCAGAAGAUACAUGGCAAGAUCCUGCAGUGGCGCAAAAUGGAGAGCCACAGCUAGAAAAGGCUAGGGACGUCAACGCCGUCACCACUUCCAAAUCAGGAGGGUCGAAUGCCCCCAUAUUUCUCAUUGCGGGAGUUUUAUUUCUUACCAUUUCGUUGAUAUGUUCCAUUUUGGCCAUUGUCUUUCGUGAUGCCAAGGCAUGA